AUGCUGUCGGCACGGUUUACCAAAGAGGACAGGAUCAAGUACGUCCGGGCUGUGGAGGUUGAGCUCCAGAAUCGUGGACUUCGGACGUACAUGGUGAAUACCGUCAAAGACUUCGGGACAGAGACGACCGACUAUCUUUGUCGGGCGAGAGUUAUGGUAGCCUUUUGCACCUCAACUUAUGGCGAAUUCACAACUGGCACCUACGAGACAUACGCGGAGCUUAAGUACGCGUACGAACAUCCUCAGGAGAUAGGUCUCGUUCCAGUCAAGCUGAUCAAGCAUUGGCCACCCAAACCUGAUGGGCCCGAGCAAGGAAGACACAUGUGCGCAGUUGCGUUCGGACCAAGUCGCUUCUUUGUCGAUGGCCUGGAUCAUGAAGGGUGUUACUUGGCCCCAGACGUGGUGGCUCGCAAAAUUGUUAAGCACAUUCACCGCCUCGGAGUGCUGGAUCAGGUCAAGAUGAAAGGGUGUGCGGCUCCCAAUCUCGACGUCCCAUAUGCCAACCCGAACCGUUUCCUCUGUCUGCAGGAUCAGCCAUUGCCA